AACUUGAAAAUCAAAAAAGCAUGGAAAUGCGAGCAAAGGAAAACAUCCCAAUUUCACAAGACAUAACACCUCCAUUACCACCUCUUGCUUUCUCUCUCUACAAUUCUUCUCUCUCCUCUCACUGCUCCUCCUGCUCCCUCCCUCUCCCCGCCACCGCGAAAUCCGAAACCUUCAUCCAAUACUGCUCUAAUGGCGGCUGCUCCUCCACCAUUGACGCAUCUCUUCACUACUCCUCCGGCGAACACCACCUUUUCUCUCUCCUACAUUCCAACCCUUCUCUCUUCCCUCACUCCGACUCCUCCGACCUCCGCCUCUCUCUCCGCCUUCUUCACCUCCUCCCUUCUCACUCCCCCCCUCUCUCUCCUCGUUUCCUCGGUCUCCUCACUAAUCGAGACAAAUUUGAUUCCGAUGAAAGGGAUUUAUCUAGGGUUAGGGUUGGAGCUAGGGUUAUGGCCAUGGCACGGGCGAUGAGAAAUGAUAGAGAUUCCGAAUUUGAGUCCGAUUUUGAUUGUGAGUUGGAGGAGGCUGUGUUGUGUUUGGUAAUUACUAAUGCUGUUGAAAUUAAUUUUAAUGGUGUUAGGGUUGGAAUUGGGGUUUAUGAUUGUUGCUUCUCUUGGAUUAAUCAUAGUUGUUCUCCGAAUUCGUGUUUCUGGUUUGUUCCGGUUUCGGAGGAGGGUUUCAAUGGUGGUUCUUUGUUGUCGUCGGCGGCAAUGCGGAUUUUCCCUUGUGGUGAUGCAGCUCAUAUGGAAGAUAGAGGUGAUAGUACUGCUUGUAAUUUGGCUAAAGGAGAUGGGAAUUAUGGUCCAAGAAUAAUUGUUAGAAGUAUCAAGGGAAUUCAAAGAGGGGAGGAGGUGACAAUUACAUAUACCGAUUUGUUGCGGCCUACGGCGCUGAGGCAAUCAGAGUUGUUGCUGGAAUACAAAUUCUUGUGUAGUUGUAAACGGUGUAGCGCAAUACCUCACGAUUAUGUUGAUCAUGCUCUGCAGGAGAUGUUUUGUGCCAAUUUUACCAAAAGUUGCUCAAAAACUCCGGACAAUGAUUAUAAGGAUCAAGCGAUUGAAUUGUUGAGUGAUGUGUUGGAUAGUACUAUAGAGGAGUAUAUGGAGGUAGGUGAUCCUGUAUCGUGCUGUGAGAAGCUCGAAGGACUCUUUUCUGAAGGCCUGUUAAAUCAACAUUUUGAGCAAACUAAAGGAGAUUUUGCUAUAGAUGUCAAGUUGUCACCCUUUCAUUAUCUCUCUUUGAAUGCAUACACUACAUUGAUUUCUACAUACAAGAUGCGUGCUAAUUUGAGUGGCAAAAUGGACCACUUGAGCAUUGACAUGAGCAGAACUAGUGCAGCAUACAGCUUGCUGCUUGCUGGUGCAACUCACCAUCUUUUUCUGUCUGAGCCAUCUUUGAUUGCUUCUGCUGCGACUUUCUGGAUAGAUGCUGGACAGUCCUUACUAUCUAUUGGCUGUCCAUAUUGGAAUUCUUUUGCAAAUGGCAAGUUGCAAAAUCUUUCAGCUGCUCCUGAUGUUAAUUGCCCUGGCUGCUCCUUGAUGGAUAACUUUAAGUCCCACUACAUUUUUACUCAAACUCAAAAUAAGUUUUUUGAUGACAUGACUCAAGAAUUUCACAAAUGUACAUCAAUUAUCACUACACAGGUUUGGAGCUUCUUAAUUCAAGGUUGCAAAAACUUGAAAGAUGUUAAAGAUCCCAUUGAUUUCAGCUGGAUUCAAGUUAAGAGGAAUUUUGAAUAUACUAGGUCACAGCAAGCUGAGUUCAACUUAUGUCAUGGAAGUGAGAACAUUAGCAAAUGUGUAUCGGGCAACGAGUCCAUGGAUGUAAGGACAGCUACCUUUCAACUAGGUGUGCAUUGUUUGUUGUAUGGUGGCUUCUUGUUAAGCAUUUGCUAUGGUCAUUCAUAUAGCACUCAAUUGAUACGAAAUGUGAUUCAUAUAUGAUCAUUUGAUUUCAACGCCAGUUAUACGUAUGACUACAGUGGAAUACAUUGAGCAUUUUUGGAUAGUUGAUUGAGAUUACUAGAACACUUCAGUCAUGAUUCCAAACAUUCUACCCAAUUUUUUGGUUAAACCGACAUUAUGCCCUAACGUAGACCAACCUAAGCAAAUCACAUUUGAGAAUCUUUUUGUUGGAGCUUUAGGCUAAAUUUUUACUUCCUCCGUUUAUUUUAGAUGCAUUACUUUUUAUAUUUGCAAGUUUCAAUUUAGAUGCAUCACUUUUUUUUUGGUUAAUAAAUUCUCUUUAUCUCUCUCAUAUCACAUGGGUCCACUUUUUUCUUUCUCUCUAUCUCUUUCCUCUCCAAAAAUUGCUUAGGAGUCUGUGAAUUUAAAAGUGAUGCAUCUAAUAAAAAAACGGAGUAAGUAGUUCAGUUACUAUUCAAAUUUGAUUCCUCAUUCGGAUUCAAAAUGAAUAAUGAGACGAUGUUUAUUGUGUCAUACUAUUUCAAGUUAGGGAUUGGUGGAUGCAUGACACAUUUGACACCUGACCCGGGGAAUUACUAGAACAUUGAUCUGAUGCUUGUCAAAUACUCCUUUGUGCCUUUGUCAUCUUUUAUAAGGAUUUAGCGUAAUUCAUACAGAGAUUCUAUAUGUCAACUGUCAAGUAAAAUCAGGGAUUCAGGGCAGCAAUGAUCAAACUCAGAACUUCGGAGGAGCUGUGGAUUUGUGUGGUUUCUGUGAGGUACAAUCUACUGCAUAUGCUCACUUAUGAUAACAGUCUGCAAAAGUGUGCUAACUUCAUGUUGAGUGUGUGUGUAGUGUGUUGGGCUAACCCGUAGGGUGGAUAUUAUGCUCUAUUGUGCUGUCCUCUAGCUGUAGCAAACUAGCAAUUUGGGAAGCUGGUGUCUGUUAGAGGUCUUUCAGGAGUUAGAGGAGGAGAUGAGAAAGCAGGUUAAGGUGUUAUGUUGGGCCGUUAGGGGAGCUCGUUGCAAGGGUGUUAGAGAGCAUGAUUGGCGCACCCCCUCCGCUACUGCUGCUAAUGAUAGCUUAUUGUUGACAUGAUCUCAACAAAAUCUUCUUUGCACCUUCUUGCUACUCUGCACUUCUGAAGUGCUGGUCUGCCCCACCUGUGGGUAGAGUCAAGGUUAAUGUUAAUGCGGAUUUACUCAGCUUGGUUGGGGUGAGUAUUGGUGUCGUACUCCAGGAUGAUAGUGAGGUAGCUCUGUGUGCUUAGUGUGCAAAUUUCAGAAGCUAAAAGACAGUCUUGGUGGGCAUGAAACUAGCAGAUGAGUUUGGUUAUCAAUUAGUGAAGUAGUGGUGAUUGGUGAAAGCAAUUAACAACUGAGAAGCCCAGAUAACUCAUUCCAUCUUGUGUAAGAUGUUCAUUUUUGUAAGAAGGAAGGGCAAUAUAGUUGCUUAUGAGUUAGCUUGUACAUUUUCGUGGGAUAUGGAUUGUAGUUGCUUGAGGAUUUUCCCUCGUCGGUUUGUAUUCUUAUAUCAUACGAUCAUACUCGUAUGAUUUGCAGAUAAGUAUGAAUAAUUUUUCCCCAAGGAGGGCUUCUUUUGUAUAUAAACAAUAUUAAAUCCGAUAAUAGUAAGGAAUUUAAGAUCAAACAUCAAAGUAUGUACAAACAAUGCAAAAGUUAAACUGGUACCAGUUUUACAAAACAGUGGUUGUAAUAAAAUACCAGGAAUAAUAAUGUUACCGAAAAAAGCAAUUGUAAUUGGGCCACUAUGCAUAGGCACGAGAAAAAUA